CAACCCCAUCACCAAAUAUAUGCAGCAAACGUGGCAAAAACGUUUGCAGUGAAAAAACCAGUGCUCAACAUGAGCAAAUCCGCCAUUGUUGUUACAGGGUCUAGGGUUUAUUCUUCAUUUAUGAGGUUAAUGGCCCGUAACAAACCCAUGGUUUCAGGUGACAUGGCUUCCUCUGUGUUGCCCUCCUCUACCAGAUCUUGUGUUAGGCGGCGUUCUAUUACUAGAUUACCGGUGGAGCUUAGCUGUUUUGGAUCAUUGCCACUGCACAGUGCAAUCGCUUCUGCUCGAUUGCAAUCGAUACUCUCCGCUGAGUUUCAUAACCAGGGAUUGCUUCCUCAAGGUAUUUCAAUGCCUCUUUGACAAGAAAUUAUCAGCCAUGCUUUCAUGGUCUUAAAACUCCAUUUUAUCGAUUUCUUCUUUCUUUAUCUUUUUGUAGGUAUUUCAAUGCCUUUAUGACAAGAAAUUAUAAGGAAAUACGGAAGGUGGUAUUUUCUUUUUUUCUCAUACUUUCAAGUAAUUUAGUGGAUGGUGGAGUUAACUUUGUUACAACUUUAGAGCAACAGGGGAACUGUGCCUUGAUUUUGAUGAGAAAACUGCAUUGGAUUUGCUUA